CAGGAGAUCAGUAGCGUACGGGCGCGCGAGUGGUGCACGACGUGGGUGCGUGCAUGCGUGGGGUGUGUGCGCAUAGAGGGUGAGCCGCGAGUGAGCGAGGGCAAGUGAGAGCAAAACUCUGCCCUCACCUCCUCCUCUGCCCCCGGCGCUGCGGGAAAAACUCGCCUCAGCAUGCAACCACCGCCGAGAAAAGGAAACUUUGCGAAAUUUCUGAAGAAUGUGCACACGGAGCAGGCGGCAAAAUUACAAGCGAAGAAUCAGCACGAAUGCGAUCUUUUGGAAGACAUACGUAAUUUCACGAUAAAGAAAUCUGCCAUUGAAAAAUCCUACUCUGAGGCGCUACUCAAGAUAUCAUCUGCAUAUUUAAAUAAAAAAAUACCGAAUAUACCAGAUCUCAAAGUCGAUGGAGCAGAAGAGAAAUGGAACAUGUGGAACGUGUGGCGAACCGUGCUGGAAGAGAACGAGAAGCUGGCCCGCGCACGCCUCGCCGCUGUCGAGGUCUUCCAGCAGCAGAUCGCGGAUGACGCCAAGAGCCUCAGGAUGCACAAAUUACAAAUCUCUAAGAAGGCAAUCGACCAAUUACUGAUAGUACAAAAAGAGCUCCAAACUUGCGUACAGGAUGUCGACAAGACGAAGAAAUUGUACUUUGACGAAGAACACAGUGCACACGAUGUGCGUGACAAAGCAAAAGAUAUCGAAGAAAAACUGAAGAAGAAGAAGGGUUCCUUCUUCCAGUCGAUAACGUCUUUACAGAAAAAUAGUGCUAAGGUGAGCUCGAAACGAGAUGCUCUAGAGGAAAAAUCAACUGGUGCUCGCAAUGAUUAUCUAUUGAGCCUCGCCGCCGCCAACGCCCAUCAGAACCGAUAUUUUGCAGUCGAUUUACAGAGCACCAUGCAAUACUUGGAGCAAGGCGUUUACGACAAGGUAGCGGAAUAUUUAACGUUGAUGGGUCGCACGGAGUUGCUCACUUGUGUAGCCACUCAAAACAGCUUUGGCAAGAUACGUGAUCAAGCUCAGCAGCUCACUAGGGAAUACAAUAUCCAGUGUUGCUGUUUAUACUAUCCCGUUUUAAAGCAACAUAUUCAAUACGACUUUGAGCCUUGCGAUAGCGAUCCAGUAGAUAGGGUAACUGCCGAUCAUUCAGCGGCGACAACAUUAGGCAAAGAAGCGCGUCGCUGGUCGACAAAAAUUGCCCGCGAGGUCAGCAGCAUCCGUGAAAAUAAUCGGAAAAUUCAAGUGUUAUACGCACUCAAAGAUGCUGGUCAGAAGACUGAUCCGAACGAUCCUAAUGGUCCAGAUUUAGAUACUAAGAUCGAUGAGCUAAAACACGCUGUUCGACGAGCGGAGACCGCAAAACUUAAAGCGGAAGCGAGAAUAGAAUGUCUUCGAAACGGUGGAGUAAACGUAGACGAAUUCUUACAAGAGGCUGAAACACUCAGCGUUCAGGAUAUGCCGCGUUCGGCUAGUUCUCUCUCUGUUAGAACAGAUGCAUCUGGUGCAGCGGAGCAUCCAUCAUCGGACUCAUUCUACGAUAGCGACGGCGAUGGCGGAAGCGACCUAACGACUUUAGAACGACCUGGAAAGAAUGCGCCUCAGCAGGAAGAGGAAGCCGAAGAUAGGCAGAGGCAUGACAGUGCCGAGGUUGAUGCAUUGCUGGAGCAGGAGAAGCAACGGAUAGAGCAGCUGACGGCAGGCUGGGACGAUCCUAUGGCGGUCGAUUGGGACAACGAAGAGAAAGAUGAGCAGGAAAUGACGCACGAGACACCAGAGAUGCCUUCUAAUCAACCCAUAUACAAGUGUACUGCUCUAUACUCCUACACAGCGCAAAAUCCCGACGAGCUUUCUAUCGUGGAAAGCGAACAGCUAGAUGUAGUGGGUGAAGGCGAUGGCGACGGAUGGUUAAAAGCGAGAAAUUACCGAGGAGAGGAAGGUUUCGUUCCUCAGAAUUAUCUCGAUGUAGAGAGAGAGCCUGAGACUACCACCGGUCUAACUUCGCAGGGCCCAGGUUUGGUCCAACAAAUUUCUUUCUCAUCCGUCGAUUACACCAUUGAUGAUCACGACGCCGUCGAUCCCGAUGCCAAUUUGCAAAUCGCUUCGGAAACUAUAAUACAAAAUCACGUUGGAGAAAUUGAGCAAUUCUGCAUUGCACUUUACGAUUACGAUGCGACGUGCGACGAGGAGCUAAGCUUUUUGGAGGGCGACAUCGUUAAAGUACUGAAAAAAGAACCACACGAUGUAGACGACGGCUGGUGGGAAGGUGAGCUAAGAGGUCAGCAGGGUCUCUUUCCCUCUCUCGUUGUGGAACCUUGCGGUCCGGACGGAUGUCCUUUGACCCCACAGGAGAAUGUAACACCACCAGGUUCCGCGCCACCAGUCUUUACUCCACCAGAUGUACCAGAAUUUUUUCUAGAGGAGCUUGCUCAAAUGGAAGAAUCGCAAGAAGAAAAAUCAAUGGUGAAUGGUGAUAGUGGAUUCAUAAUAAAUUUAUCUCAAGACCAAAAAGAUCAUUAUGGUUCACAGUUCGAUGGUGAUAAACCGGAUGAUACGCCAAGUAUAUUAGUUGUGGAGAUAUCAGAUGAAUCGGGUGAUAAGACGGAAAAGGAUCCCAAAUCCGGUGAAGAUGUCAAAUCUGCUGACCAAACGGACGACUUUGGUCUUGGAGUAGCUCAGAUCGUGAUCACAGCCGCAACUCCGAUGGAAGAGAUCGAACAUCCUUUCCCUGGAGUGGAGGAGACUCCGGAGGAGUCAGCGAAGUCUGCAGAAGCUUUUGAAGCCGAUCCCGAAGCUUCAAGCGCGGCUUCGGAUCCAAACGAGAGUGAAUGUAAAGAGGAAGAAGAGCCAACUGUCAUUUUAGACGAGAAGGAGGGAGAAGAAACUGAAGAAAAGUCUACAACUGACGAACUUCCAGCCGACUCGGCACCAUUUCCAAUCAGCAGUAGUUCUGGAAGCGAAGCGGAAUCAACUUCCGGACCCAGUACUAACGAAAAUUCUCAGUCGAGGGGAACAGUGGUGGAAGUGACGGAAGAGGUCACAGAAGACAUGGAAGAGGAGGAGGAAAUCAUGCCAGGAAAAAUGCUAGUAGGAGGGAGAGCCAGUAUCCCGGACGAGCUGCAGCCGGACCAACUGGAAAAAUUGCAGACGCUCAAGGAAUCGAACGCCUAGGACUGACUAGGCCCCGGGGCCCUUAAGGGCAAAAUUACAUUGCCUGACGGCCAUACCGACAAUUUCCGACAUCUACUAGACUUCUGGCGAUCACCUGAGGUGCUAGGCAAAAAAGACUAACUGUAAUAAACUCACAUUAAGACUAUCUGAAAUUCAUAAGGUUCUUAUGGUGAUCGAGUACUAGUGAGAAUAAAGAUGUUCGGAAUUUUUGUGACUGAACUAUCUUUAGAGUAAUGGAUGUUAAUGGAUCAAGUGGUGCUGAAGACUGUCUAAAUUACGGCUAUAAGCGUAAGAAAUAUUUUCGCGUGCCUGAAAGCAUGGGAAAAUGUCCAAAAUAAGAUUUAAAUUCAAAUCGUAACUUCUUUGAAAAUAAUGUAUGUUGUAUAUCUUUAUUAUUUAAUCAGAAUCAUAGGGAAAGAUUCAUUUAUGAAACUAUAUACUGAUUGCCAUAAUGAUUUAUUAACAUCCUGGAAAGGAAGACGAUUUAGCAGAUUAACUGACUCAGUUGAAUAAAGAAUAAUUUGAAGUUGAUGAGAGAUAUUUGACAUCAGGACACAGUCACAAAAAGAUAGAAAUAUUAAUGUACACAAGAUCACCAAGGCUUAUGUCAACUUAAGGUGAGAGAUUUCUCAUCUUAGAGAUUUCUUUGCGUUGACCGCUAAUAAAAGAUUAGAAGAAUUAAUUUGUCCUAUCUUGGGGCAAAUUGGGCUUUAAUGAGUUAAUUAAACUCUUGAGUUAAUAAAGCUAACGAAAAAGGAGGAGAAUUCUUUCGUAGGAGAUGAUGUACAGUGAAGUGGGAUAAUAGAAAGAAUUGUCGAUACCUGUGUACUAUAAAGGGCGUACAUUUCAAAGGAAUUACACUGGUGUUGCAUGUAAAAA